AGAGGAAGUUGUAUGCGCUUAUGUUGAAAAAGAGGGGGCAGAGCUGUAUUGAACAGGAUAACAGUUCAGGCAGACGUAGUGGGAAGGACAGACCGAAGAGACGAGCCCACAGCACAGCAUGGCAGAGAGAAGCACAACUGUCAGGGAGAAGUUCCCGAUAAAAUACGAAAAUCAGAAAGAAAUGCGGCGGCCGCGUGGUAGAAGACAAGGGAUAGCGCCCGUCUCACAUAGGGGAACCAUUGAAGUUAGAAAAAUGGGCUGAAAGAAGAAUACCAAUGUUUUGAUAUUUGAAAAAAUGUUUGUCAUCCGGAUGGUCAACCAUAUUUAUGACUAGGGGGAUUGGAAUGACCAAGACUUAAUCAAGGCCUGAACUGUCAUUCCCUCCCAAUGAAAUAAGAAGACAGCUAUGUGAUCCUCCAAAAACUAACUUUGUUGUCACCUGCUGGUCAAGAACUGACAUCUUGGGUCGGAACCUGCCCCUUGUUUUUCUUGGUUCAUAUGAAUGUGUAAUCCAUUUUGAGAAAAAUAUGCUUUUAUUCUCAUACCACAUGUAGAUUUUAUCUCUUCCUUGGUGAGUCUCUGCUGGUCAUGUUUGGAAAUUCUGGAGGCAGGGUGCAUGCAGAGGAAGCACAUUUAGCAUAUUUUGUGCAGUUUAGCUCAUGCAUGAUUAUUAUUUUUGUAGUUUUGUGUUUUGUUUACAAAUCAAGCUGCAAUAGUUUAGAAUCAACCGUAAUGGUUCAGCAAUGUCAGUUGUCCAAAAGUGUUGGAAAAGGAAUUUUGCAAGAUUAUGAGAUUAACUCAUGCCAACGUGUACUCAAUGUGAUUCUGGUGGGCCCCCUAAUGGACAGUUUAAGUAGUUUUGCCUAGCCUGACAGCAAAAUAAUAAUAAACCGUAUCAAGUUAAUGUUAUCAAAUUAAUUGGUAACAUCUAAAGAGCAUGGUGCAAUUCCAGAAAUAGAUCACAAACAAUGGCAUAAUUCGUUUUUCUGCUAAUUUUGAGAAAUAACUAAUUUACAUGAUCCACAUUCAAAUAUAAGUUAUAGUGAAUGGUCAUAUGUUUCAAUUAACAGAUGUGUUAGAACAUUCCAUUUGCUUAGCUUUUAAUUGUGCAUGCAAUUUUGUUGUAUUUCCUGUUUUGUCUUUUGUUUCCAAUUGUUCAACUCUAAAAUGUGUUGAAUGGUUGCUAUUGAAUUGCAUAAUGCUACGUUCAUGUGCUCUCGGAAUUAUCGGAAACUCAGGAUUGGGAUACUUCUGUAAAGCUCCCUGAAUCGCCAUCAUUACGUGUUUCCGACAUCCAAAACCGAUCACAACAAUCUCCCACGUAGGAAAUAGUCGUUGUACUCCCGACUUUCCCAGUUCAGAUAGUUUUGAGGUUCAUACUAGAACACUUGCAUUACUUUUAGUAUUCCAUAUAUUUAUUCACUUCAUUGUCUUCGGUUCAUGUUUGAAAAGCAUGAGCAUCUCUGCAUUUAAUUAGAGUACUGUUUUAAAAGUGAUAAAAGGCACACAAUGCCAUUUGGGCAAAUAGGUCAGAAUUCUGAAAUAUUUAUAUUUUGUCCAAUCUGUUUGCAAAUUACAUGUUAUAUGUAUGGGAGCAAGGAUUCAGCCCUUAAUGCUCAUAGAUAUAUUUUUAUUAUUAUAAUAUUUUUUUCAUUGAUUCGAAUUGCGAUAUUUGUUACCGCAUACUGCAGUAAUGUACAGACAUUUUAAACUUCUGGGUUUCAUUACCAACUUGACUUUUAGCUAGCUAUUCAGAAUUGGAAUCUUUGAGUUAUUGAUGCUAUUUUGGACCCAAAAAAAUCCACCUGAUGGGUUUGGACAAUAGUUCAUUAUUAAUUAAAUGUAAUAUAAUAAAUAUAUAUAUAUUUUUUUUACUCAUUUCAUCUUUUUCUUAAUUCCAUUAAAGACCCAAUUCUACUGGACAUUGAAGUGGAGACAACUGCUUUGUCAUCAAGAUGGCGACUGGGAUUUGGGAGCUAAUUGUAUUUUUGAAAAGCUGACUGCUUGGAUUUUUCUGGAUUUUAUUUGACUGUGUCAAUUGGAAUUACUUAAACUUUCACAUGGACUCUUGUGCUGGGGAUUUUUUGGACUCAGUUGUUUGAAUAGGCUAUUGUAAUAGUUGCUUUUACUGCAUUCAAUUAGAGUACUUUUCUACUUCUGUGAUUUCCUAAUGCGCUGUUAUUUAUAUUAAAUAAAACAAUGUUGUUUUCACAAUUCUGACUCUUUCAUUGGUCAAUAUGCUACCCAAGAUUGUUACCAGACUAUAUUGUCUAUUUUCUAAAUGUGAAAAUUCUAAAUACAAAAUUCGAAUCAAUUUCACAAAAAUGUAAUGACCUGUCUGGUAUUUUCUUGGGCUUCUUAAUGCCUCCAGUCAGUGGAAGGGAUACAAUUUUAAAUUGCAUAAAUAGUGCUAGCUAGUAAUUACUACCUUUACGUAGGAUCGAGGGAUGUAGUAGAAGGUAAACGCAAGUAACUCAGUUUACGCAACUUUUUAUUUGGGGAAUCUUCACACACCUAUUACGCUAAAGUUUUUUUUUUUUUUUUUUUUUUUGCUGAAGUGUUUACAUUUACUUGUCUCCAUCUCAAGCAUUGCUUAGCAACUUACCUUUGUGUAACACUACAUCCCUGGUGGGAUAAUUUCCUUUCAAAUUAAUGACAUCAUACACUUUGGGUACCAUUUAUACACUCUAGGUAGGACUUCUGUCCACAAAAUCUGAUUUGCGUGAUUAGAUUUGUUUUUAUACUGAAGUCAAGUUAAAGUGUAUGGCUUAUUGUGAUUGAUGCAGUCCAUGGUGAAGUGGCUGGCUAAUCUAGACUAUUAAUUAAACCAAUAAAAGUUAUACACUGCAGCUCUACAUAAUACAAAGACUUAAAACAGAGCUUUUGGCAAGAACUGAAAUGGUGUCCAAGGUUCUUUGCGUCUAAAAUGGCUCCUGAAGUCUUAUUUCCUGUCUGAACAGGAAGUGAUGGGUCUCAGUGUUUUAAAUAUUAUUGUUCUACUUUAAACCCAUUUUUGUUUCAAUAUGUAUCUACAUUUGUCAAAUGAUAUCCUCUUGACGUGAAGAAACUAAAUAAAAAAAAAAAUAUAAAAAUGUAAUAUAGUUUUGCCGUUUUUAUACAAAAUUAAGGGGGUGGGACUUUUGGACAUCACCUGAGUGUGGGGUAAAUGGAAAUAACGUCAAUCAAAGGCAAAGCUUUCAGAGCUAGGAAGGAGCUCUAGAUGGCGGAUGAGCCUUGGGAAAGGGAACAAUUAACUGGGCUUUCGUCAGACCUUUUCUUUUUCAUGAAAUCAAGCUCGAAUAUGACGCGCUAUUAAUAUUUGUUUUACUUAAAAUAAAACGUUACUAUAGUGAACAGUGAAUUAGGUUUUCUCCGGUAUUUAAUGCGUUUUUCGUCGUGUAGAUCCGUUUUGCAGCGUGUAUGCGCGAGUCGUUGUUUUCUCUGCCUAGGUUUGGCAGCCAUGGCGCCCCUCCAUUUUUAGUGUGCUCUGUGAAGAGCUCUAGCAUUUCGUCUCAGUAUCACUUUUGUGAGGGUUCAUUAUCCUAUUAUCAACAUUUAGUUUUUUUGUGCCUGUUUAUUUUCAUUCAACCUUUUUAAAUUGCAUUUAUUUUCAUUUUAGUGUCAUAAGUAUUAAAGUCUGCUUUUGCGGAUGUGAAUCUAACUUCAUUAUACCUUCCUGUACAUGGAAUAGUCAAUACCAGGACAUAAGAUCAUCAAAUCAAACGUGUUCAAGAUAAAACGACGAUGAAGAAUAAGAAUAAAAAGCAAGAAGAUGAAGGUUCGACUCAAAGCAACGCAUCAAGCAAUUCGGCCUCUGAAGAAUCAAACCACUCUGGGUCGGAGUCUGGGAGUCAGUCGGAGAGUGAACAGGGCAAGGAGAGGAGAAGAUCGCACCACUCUGGAGAGUCCAACAGUUCCUCUGAAUCUGGGAGCCAGUCUGGGUCUCAGAGUGAAUCCCAGCAAGCCUCAGCGGAGGUCAACGACAAACCACCAGUUAAAAAGAGAGACAAUCUGGCAGAUGUAAAGAAGAUGUGGGAAGAGCAUCCAGAUGUCUAUGGGGUCAGGCGAUCAAAUCGCAGCAGGCAAGAACCUGCUCGUCUCAAUAUUGGAGCCGGGGGUAGCAGUGACUCAGAAGGUGAAAGUCCUAAAAGAAAAGCAACACGACAAAAAAGGAAAGAAAAUACCUGGAAGAGUGAUGACUCGGAGGAGGAGCAGGAGGAGGAUGCCAGCAGUGCAGGCAGUGAGCAGGAAGAGAAAGUUAGAUCCAGACGACUUCCUGCUAGAAGACCACAGACCAAAUCAUCUACAGUCAAAAAACAGCAGCCUCCAAAGGGAAGGAAAACCAGGAAACAAGAGUCAUCUGUGGAGGAAGAUGAUGAUGAUGACGAUGAUGAAGAUACCCCAAAGAGACAAACCCGGCGAAGGGUGGCGGCCAAAGUCAGUUACAAGGAGGACCUGAAUGACUUUGAGACAGAUUCUGACGACCUGAUAGAGAUGGAGGGAGCUGAGGUGGAGCCGGAAGAUGACAGCGAGACCAUUGAGAAGAUCAUGGACACCAGAACAGGGAAAAAAGGAGCCUGUGGGGCUUCCACUACCCAGUAUGCUGUGGAGGAAAACGGGGACCCCGGAGCAGACUUUGACUCUGAGAAGGAUGAAGGAGAGACCCAUUACCUGAUCAAGUGGAAAGGCUGGUCCUAUAUCCACAACACCUGGGAGAGCAUCGACUCCCUCACUCAACAGAAGGUCAAGGGACUGAAGAAACUAGAGAACUUCAAGAAGAAAAACAAUGAGCUCAAUGCUUGGUUGAACAAAGCAUCCCCCGAGGAUUCAGAAUACUACAACUGCCAACAAGAGCUAACCACUGACUUAAAUAAGCAGUUCCAAAUUUUGGAAAGAGUCAUUGCGACUAAAAUAGGGAAGACACAGGGACCGUCUGAUUUCCCUUCUCACAGCCACAAGAAUGCGUCGUCGUCCAAUGAGCCGGAGUACCUGUGUAAGUGGAUGGGCCUGCCCUAUUCAGAGUGCAGCUGGGAGGAUGGAGCUCUGCUGGGGAAGAAGUUCCAGCACUGUAUAGACAGCUUCACCAACAGGAACUCCAGCAAAACAGUCCCCUCCAAAGACUGCAAAGUGCUGAAACAGAGGCCCAGAUUUGUUGCACUGAAGAACCAGCCAUUGUACAUUGGGGAUGAGAACCUGCUGCUGAGAGAUUACCAACUAGAUGGACUGAACUGGCUGGCUCACUCCUGGUGCAGGUGCAAUAGUGUGAUCCUGGCUGAUGAGAUGGGUCUGGGGAAAACCAUCCAAACCAUCUCAUUCCUUUCCUACCUGUUCCACCAGCACCAGCUGUAUGGGCCCUCUCUGGUGGUGGUGCCCUUGUCCACCCUCACCUCCUGGCAGAGAGAGUUUGACACCUGGGCCCCCGACAUGAAUGUGGUGGUCUACCUGGGAGAUGUGAUGAGCAGGAAAUCGAUCCGUGACUAUGAGUGGGUAUGCCAUCAGACGAAGAGAAUAAAGUUCAAUGCACUUAUAACCACGUAUGAAAUUCUACUGAAAGACAAGGCAGUGUUGGGGAACAUAAACUGGGCCUUCCUGGGUGUGGACGAAGCUCACAGGCUGAAGAAUGAUGACUCCCUGUUGUACAAAACCCUGAUCGAGUUCCGGUCCAACCACAGACUUCUAAUCACAGGGACACCACUGCAGAACUCUCUCAAAGAGCUGUGGUCCCUUCUGCACUUCCUCAUGCCUGACAAGUUUGAGAAUUGGGAAGAUUUUGAAUGCGACCAUGGUAAAGGGACUGACAAUGGCUACCAGAGCCUCCACAAAGUCCUUGAGCCCUUCCUCCUUAGGCGUGUCAAGAAGGAUGUGGAGAAAUCCCUGCCUGCCAAGGUAGAACAGAUCCUCCGUGUGGACAUGUCCGCUGUGCAGAAGCAGUACUACAAGUGGAUUCUGACCAGGAACUUCAGAGCCUUGCAGAAAGGCACCCGAGGCAGCUCAUCUGGUUUCCUCAACAUUGUCAUGGAGCUGAAGAAGUGCACUAACCAUGGUUUCCUCAUCAGGCAGCCCGAGGAGGAGUGUGACACUCAACAGGAGCACCUGCAGGCAUUGGUGAGGGGCAGUGGGAAGCUGGUGCUACUAGACAAGCUGCUGACCAGACUUCGGGAGAGGGGCAACCGAGUCCUCAUCUUCUCCCAGAUGGUGCGGAUGUUGGACAUUCUGGCUGAGUACCUGGCCCUGAAGCGCUACCCAUUCCAGCGCCUGGAUGGUUCCAUAAAGGGAGAAAUACGAAAACAGGCACUUGACCACUUUAAUGCUGAAGGCUCUGAGGACUUCUGUUUCCUGCUGUCCACCAGGGCUGGAGGGCUGGGGAUCAACCUGGCAUCUGCAGACACUGUGGUCAUCUUUGACUCUGACUGGAAUCCUCAGAACGACCUGCAGGCUCAGUCCAGGGCUCACAGGAUUGGCCAGAAGAAACAGGUGAAUAUCUAUCGCUUGGUCACAAAGGGAUCUGUGGAGGAAGACAUUAUUGAGCGAGCCAAGAAGAAGAUGGUUUUGGACCAUCUUGUCAUUCAGAGAAUGGACACCACUGGUCGAACUGUACUGGAUAACAACUCUGGAAAUUCUAAUUCCAACCCAUUCAACAAAGAUGAGUUGACUGCCAUCCUGAAGUUUGGAGCUGAAGAUCUGUUCAAAGAGGCAGAAGGAGAGGAGACUGAACCUACGGAGAUGGAUAUCGAUGAGAUCUUGCGGUUGGCUGAAACCAGAGAAAGCGACCACGGAUCCAGUGCCACAGAUGAGCUUCUCUCUCAGUUCAAGGUGGCCAACUUCUCCAACAUGGAGGAGAGUGCUCCAGACCUGGUGGAGCGGACGGUACCUGACUGGGACGACAUCAUCCCUGAGGACCAAAGGCGGAAGCUGGAGGAAGAGCAGAAGCAGAAGGAGAUGGAGGACAUCUACAUGCUGCCCAGGAGCAGGAGCUCCAACAAGAGGCCCCAGGCUAACGACAGUGACAGUGACAUUGGCUCCAAGCUGAAGCACCGUUCCUCAGGCUCUGAGAGCGAGACGGACGACAGCGGUGAUGACAAGAAGCCAAAGAGGAGAGGAAGGCCCAGAGCCCGCAAGAACAACGUGGAGGGUUUUACUGAUGCAGAGAUCCGCAGGUACAGUAUGUUCAUCAAGGCUUACAAGAAAUUUGCAGCUCCGCUUGAAAGGCUGGAGUGCAUUGCCCGGGACUCUGAGCUGGUGGAAAAAUCCCAGGCAGACCUGAAGAGACUGGGAGAGCUGAUCCACAACAGCUGUGUGACGGCUGUCCAAGAGCACGAAGAGCACCUCAGAGAGAACCCCAGUGAAGCCAAAGGUCCUGGGAAGCGCAGAGGUAUAAACAUAAAAAUCUCAGGAGUGCAGGUCAAUGCGAAGUCCAUCAUUCAGCAUGAGGAGGAGUUUGAGCCACUGCACAAAGUUGUGCCAGCUAAUCCUGCUGAGAGAAACAAGUUCCAACUGACUUGCAGAGUGAAGGUGCCACACUUUGACGUGGACUGGGAUCUGCAGGAUGACACUCAACUGUUGCUGGGGGUCUAUGAGCAUGGCUACGGCAACUGGGAUCUGAUGAAGACCGAUCCGGAUCUCAAACUUGCAGACAAGAUUAUCCCCGAUGACCCAGAUAAGAAACCCCAAGGGAAGCAGUUGCAGGGCAGAGUGGACUAUCUUCUGAAGACGUUGAAGAAAGAAGUGGAGAGUAAAGAAGUCACUAAGGACGAGGUCAAAGUGAAGCAGAGGAAGCCUCGGGUGAAGAAAGAGAACAAGGCCCCUAAAGAUGAGCAGGGAAAUUACAUUUCCCCCUCUCGCCUGUCAGACAACCCCUCCGAGGAAGGGGAGGUGAGGGAUGACAGGACAGAAAAAACUCCCUCAAAGAAGAGACAGAAGAAAAAGGAUAACAAAGAGAACAAAGAAAAACAGGGAACUCCUAAAAAAGAGGUGGAAAAAGACAAACGUCCCAAGACAAAAAAAGAAAAGGCUAAAGGAGCCAAAGGGAAGAAGCCCCAGGGGCCGGUCCACAUUACUGCUGGAAGUGACCCUGUUCCCAUCGGAGAGGAUGACGACGAGCUGGACCAGGAGACCUUCAGCAUUUGUAAGGAGCGCAUGAGGCCGGUGAAGAAGGCUCUGAAGCAGCUGGAUAAGCCUGACGAGGGCCUGUCUGUUCAGGAGCAGCUCCAACACACACGCACCUGCCUGCUGAAGAUAGGAGACCGCAUCACUGAGUGCCUUAAAGCCUACAGCGACUCAGAGCAUGUCAAAACAUGGCGUCGGAAUCUCUGGAUUUUUGUGUCCAAGUUCACAGAGUUCGGAGCGAGGAAACUUCACAAGCUGUACAAGAUGGCUCAGAAGAAGCGGUCUCAGGAGGAGGAGAAGGAGCAUAAAAAAAAGGGGGAUGACCCGUCGGGCAAGAAGAAGUCUUUCAGAGCAGAGGCGUCUAAUUCCAGUCGAGACUCCACCGGCACCCAGCCAUCAUCUAAGUCUCAUCCAGGCAUGCCUCGCCCCUCUCCCACAUCCCCCCAAGGUCACCACAGAGAAGGCUAUAACAAAUCCAACAACAGACACUUUGGAAAUGAUGAUUGGCAGAGAGAUCGUAAAUACAACUACCCUGGAAAUAGCAAUCAAUCCUGGCAAGGUGAGCGACAUCACCCAUAUGACGCCCAUCGAUAUAAGGACCAUCACUAUGGCGACCGUCAUCCACGUGAAGACUCCUACCGCAGUAGCUGUAGUAGUUACCGUAGCGGCAGCAGCAACUCCCCGCGGAAGAGGCCAUAUGACCAGUAUGACAACGACCAGGAUCACAGGGACCGCCGGGCCUAUUAUGACAGACAUCCAGACGCCAAGCGUAGACGCGGCGAUGACUUCCGUCCUCCCCAAGACUUCAGGAGUGGAGGAGGCCAUCCCCAGGACUUCAGGGGGAGGAUGCUGGAGCAAAGGGGGCCAACAGGGCAAGAACACUUCACCCGGCCCUAUCCAGACAACAAACCCCCUCCCCUGCUGGACCCACGCUCCCCACAGGCUCAGAAGUCCCCCCAGGACUCACGCUCGCCAAACGCAGAGCGGACUGCAGAGCGUAAAGCAGCAGGGGCUGAUUUAAACUGGAACAACAGGAAGACAUGAGGCCUGUCACUGAAUGGAAAGGUGUUGUCCAGGUGAGGAACACAGUGGUGCUGCUGAAGGACAGGUCUGGGCUGGCUAGACUCACUGUUUCGCUUGGCCAGACAACCUCAGUCGGAAACGGAAUUGACAAAUACUCUGUUUACCAGCAAACACCAAACUCUCCACAUCCCUCCCCCAGGUGUGAUUGUGGUAACGAUCUGUGUCUGUGCCCAUGUAGAAAAGUGUUCAACAUUAUGGAGUAUGUAUCACACUAAGCAAUGUUUUUGUUGUUGAAAUGACAACCAGUCAGUGUUAGUGAUGAGUCUGUAGAAUGCCUAUGGAUAGUUAGUCCUAUGGACUAUUAUGUGGGGAAAAAUUGAUGAUGACUGAUCUGGAAUCAUUGAAGUGUCUGAAGUAUUUAGCCUUUUAAAUGUUAGCGGUAUGGGAUUAUUCCCAAAUACUUUGAUUUUUUUUUGUUUAGCUUUAUGCCAUUAUAAUAAAAGUAAUGUUUAUUCAUCUUGACCUGGUUAUGAAACUAUCAUAAUUUCAUAGAGAUUCAUUCUUUCCCUAAAUAAAAAUAAGUGCAUCCUUCUGUCUAAAUUGAAGACGAAUAGUAAGUUAGUCACACCAGUACCUAGUUCUCAGAAUUGCUAUUUAAAGUGUUUUAAUGAGCAUUUGUCAUUAGUGUUGAUAAUCAUUCUUCUGUAAAGACAUUCAUUGUCUUUUUGUUUUGUUUAUGAUAACUUAGUAGCGGAUCAGUGGUUAAGGACCUAAUGAGAAGGACAUGUUUAUAAACAUUAUUUAAGGUAAUUAGUUGUGCAAAGCUUCAGAAGAACACUGACUGUUAAAGUUAUCCCUAACCACGUUUAUUUGUAGGUGUGCAAAGAAUUUGUCAUUUAAACCAUAUUUCUCUCUAUCCUAUGUAUGAAUGGUACUUUUGCAUCUUACAUUGCACAAUUAGUACUGCACUCUACUGGCUUAGUCAACCCGUAAAAGUAUUGCGCUAUGUUUGAGAAGAAUCUGGAAAUCAUUUUUUCAUUUUCUAUAGUUAUGUGACAGUGACAGCAGUGUAACCACUGAUCGAUUUUCUAAGGUACACUUGAGUGUUUACAGAUGUGGUUGAUGACAAGCUGUUAUUGGUCAUUCUGUUUUAGUGCCAAACCAGAGACUGGCCCUGCUGUGGUUCUUAUGAUUUCUGGUGUGCUUCUCCAUUUGUGCCUUAUUUCUGUGAAUAUUUUCAUACUGUAUAUCCUACUGGACACAUUUAAUUGAAAUGACAUGGAAACAACUGAUUUAACCAAUGUGUGUACCCAGUGGGAUGAGUUAUGGACAUUUACUGUACUCUUCUACAGAGAUGAUGCAGUAUUAAACAGUCAUUUCUUGAGAUUGUUCUCAAUGGAUGAUUGUGUAACGUGGCAUGCUUGUUAAGCGAAGACUGGUGGUGGGAACAAAAUGAUAUUGUUUGUCAUGUUCUUCUGCAACUCCCCAAAAGAUCUUGGGAAAAUGAUUUAUCAAAAAUGAUGAAUCAGUGUUAUGUCCUCUGUGGGCAUAUCUGAUAGAAGGAAUAGCCAACCAACACCACCUUCCUUUUCUCCACACUACAGUCCCUGGAGUUGUGUUUUUGAAAACAAGCCUAAAUAAUUUAUAUUUGUGAGAAAGCCACUCCACGUGAAAUAUACUGUCAAUAUGUUUAUAGACAUAUGUAUUAAACUUUGCUACAUUAUAAAA